AGAACAAAGGCAAUGAAGCUGUUUAUACUGUGUAUGGGCUUUUGCUCAUUGCUGCUACUAUGCAAUUUCGCGGCGGCCACUUACCCAGCUCUACAUGCUCUCCAUCUACAACAAAUACAGCAGCAACAACACGCAGUAACCCUAAGCCAGCAACAACAAGAUCAACAGCGACAAUUACAACAAUUACAGCAACAGCAACAGCAACAGCAGCAACAACAACAGCAACAACUGCACUCAUCAUCGGAUAUUGGGAAUGAUUUUACUCAAGCGAUCACCUCAUCGGAAGAUUAUGACAGCCAUCCCCAGUACAGUUUCGCUUAUGACGUACGUGACAGCUUAACGGGUGAUGAAAAACAGCAGGAAGAAAAACGUGAUGGAGAUUUGGUUCAAGGACAAUAUUCGCUGGUCGAGCCUGACGGCACACGGCGGGUUGUUGAAUAUACAGCCGAUGAUGUUAACGGUUUUAAUGCUAUUGUGUCUAAGCAAUUGCUGGAUGAACAACGUUUACGAUCCGGCCACGCUGAGUCAGCAGUAUUGGCUUCAUCUGCCACUUAUAAUAGCUUUGAAAACCGCCAAUCACAACUGCAAGCUCAGGCGAUAGCCGAAGCUCAGGCUCAAAGUACUGCUUUCGCUAAUGCUCAGGCUUUAGCUGAGGCUCAAGUAAGGACCCAAACUUUAGCUCAAGCUCGUCAAAAUUCCCAGGCUGAACUACAUGCACGCAAUCAAUUGGCAGCAGAGGCCGAGGCCCGCAAUUUAGCUGAGGCUCAGGCUCGCGCCGAAGGUCAGGCACGGGCGGAAGCCGAAGCACGCGCACAAGCCGAAGCUCGUGCUCAGGAAGAAGCUCGCUCCAAAGUGCGUAGCCAAGCUGAAUUGCAAGCUCUGGCCCAAGCCGAACAACAAGCCCGCGUUAAGGCCCAGCAGCUCAUGGACGAAUUCGAACAACAAUACAAUCAACAGCAACGAUUGCAAAUUCAACAGUUGCAACAACAACAGCAGCAACAGCUUUUGCGCACUGAAGCCCAAGCCACGCAAGAAAGACUUAGCAAUGAUCAGGCUUUGCUUUUAGCUCAGUCGUUGCCCUCGCAAGCUUUAGGUCACAAUGUUCGUACAGCCGUUAUAGCCCACCCGCCUACUUUAUUAUCUAGAACAACGACGGGAACUGUAUUCGCUCACCCACGUAACAUUGCCGCUUUGAAGGAGACACGAAUAAGCGUCGAACGUACCGUUCAUCCCCAAAUAGUUUUAACUCAGCCCCCUACUGCCACUGUGCAAACACGCUUAGUCCAUUCGCCUUUAUUACUGGAAACCAAUGAAUUAAAUAGCGGCCUAUUAGCUUCAAAUACUGGCGUGUUGCUAAGUGGUUCCGGCCAACGCUCCUCAGAACAACUGUUAACAAACUUGGAAAAUAGUGAUCUGCAAAAUUCUCUUAUACAUCAUGGUAUGGCCGCAAGUUCGUCCUCCGUGAGAUUGUUGAAUGAUAGCGAUAAUACUGGAGCACGCUUUAGUUACGAGUCUUCGAGCGGUCAAGAUAAUUUGGAAUUGCACGGUAACGAAGGCAAUUUAAGACACGGACUUAGUGGUCGACGCUUGCAAAAUUUUAGUAGAAAAUCACAAUUUUAAGGAAUGGAAUUUUAAAAUCCCUACCCGCCCCUCAAAAUUAAACGGCUUAUCGGCCAAGUGAUAGCUGUACGCGAUUGUAUUGAUGAAGUGGACAAACCAGGACGAGUAAUAAUCACGAAUUUCUUUAGUUGUAGAUGAACUGAAACGCUAAAGGCAUAACGGAACUAGGCAUUCAAUCACGGACUAUGAUUUCAAUACAAACAAAACUAUUUCUUUUUUUUUUCUCUUUGUUCUUUGUUAAGCAUCAAUAAGUUCAUCAAUAAUUUACUAACUAAAACAUACACACAAACAUAUAUUGUUCUCAUCAUUAAUUUUCAUACAUAACAUAACUAACGUUAAAUAAUAUUAAAUUAAGUUAAGAAUGGGAUUUGGGUUCUUUUUUGUUCUAUUCUACACUACUACUACUAUUUUUUUGUAAUCAUCUCACAUAACAUACUCAUUAUGUACACAAACUUUCGCAUUAGAGUCAUUUGAAAUUCGUAUGUUUAUUGUAUAUUUCGAGCUUCAAUAGGAAGCACUUGUAGAUUAUUCAUGUAUGUGUUUACAAUUUAGAUACCAUCCAGAGAGUGCAUUACAUUUCUCUUACAUCGACAAUGUUCCUUUAACUCGGUCCUUCUCUCUCUCUCUCUUUCAAUAUAUUUAUCACUCGCUCUCACUCUCUCUAUCUCUAUCUCUCUCGACCUUUCCCGCUCUACUUACUAACACAAUUUUUUUCUUUUUACAUUCUUCUCUUUCU